AUGCCAAGCCGAAGAGGCACGUACCAGGGGUGGCAAGACGACUCUACUUGGUCCAGGGGGCAGGCAUGGGCCAUUUACGGCUUCACCAUGGUACACCGCUAUCUCACGGAGCAGAGGUUCCUGGACUAUACCAUCAACACCCUCAGCUACUUCAUCGACAACCUUCCCGACGACAACGUGCCCUACGCCGACUUCGACGAUCCCGUGGACUCGGACAAUCCCAACGAUUCGUCAGCCACGGCUAUCGUGACCUCCGCCCUCUUCGAACUCUUCGAACUAACCGGAGAACCGAGCUACCUUGAGAAGGCCCAGGAGUUCUUGCCUUCAUUGCUGCUAUCGUCCACCUACUUCGACUCCUCGGCAACCGAUGGGUGGCAAACAAUCCUCAGAAACUCGACGGCGGCAUGGGGUGAUGCGGCGAUGGGGUUCGUCACCGCGGACUACUUUCUCCUGGAAUCGAUAGUCCGGUACAAGACCAUGGCCCCUUCUAUCAUUCUGCGGGACGAGGCUGACGCCAGCAUCACCAACGAACAGCUCUCGGUCCAGUUCUCUUGA